CGCUUCUCCACUUAGGAAAAUGCUGAUGAGCAGCUGUGGAUUUCCAAAACUUUUUAACCCAACACUCUUGUCCUCUUGAAUAAACUGAAGAAGACAGAAAGGUGCGACAGCAGCUCCAAAACUUUCUAGCCAAGAUAUUAAGAUGAGCUCAGACCCGGUGGAGCAGUCAGAAGCUUCGGCUGACCAGACAGAGCGAAACGGAAUAGACUUUAACCGACAGAUUAAAACAGAGGACCUCAACGACUCUCCUCAAUCGGCCUCCUCAGUGAAGACAUGUCACCUCACGCAGAGCUCUCCAGUGCAUGGGGGUCAGCUGACAGGGGAGCUAACCUCCCUCCAUCCAAUGCAGCAGCUGGUUCUGAUGCCGCCCUCUCACCUGUCGACUCCCUCCCCCUUCCUCCUCUCCCAGAGUCCGUCCAGCCACCAAGCCCUCCUGCAGCCGAACCUGCUGUCUCUUCCUGGCCAGAGUCCACCGGGUCUUCUUCAGCAUCAGUCUGGGUUAGCUCUGACUCCACAGGCAAUGAGUCGGUCUGGUUUGGCUGGACCUUCUAUGGAAAACCACAUGGACAUGUCACACCUGCAAAUGCCCAAACACAUGUCUGUGGCACCACAGGAGGAACCAAAUGAUUUGGAGGAACUGGAGCAGUUUGCCAAAGCAUUUAAGCAAAGACGCAUCAAGCUGGGCUUCACUCAGGGAGAUGUGGGCCUGGCGAUGGGAAAACUCUACGGGAAUGAUUUCAGCCAGACAACAAUAUCUCGAUUUGAGGCCCUCAACCUCAGCUUCAAAAAUAUGUGCAAGCUCAAACCUUUGCUGGAGAAAUGGCUCAGUGAUGCAGAGAACUCACCUUCUGACUCGAUGAGCACUUCGACCACUCUGCCGCCUCUGAUGGACGGCUAUGGACGCAAACGGAAAAAGAGGACAAGCAUAGAAACAAACAUCAAGCUGACGUUGGAGAAACGUUUUCUUGACAAUCCCAAGCCUAACUCAGAGGAGAUAACUAUGAUCUCUGAACAGCUUUCCAUGGAGAAGGAGGUGGUUCGGGUUUGGUUCUGUAACCGUCGUCAGAAGGAGAAGAGGAUCUACUGCCCUGUAGCUACUUUACCAGUCAAAUCACACAGCUACAACUCCAGAAUGGCCUCAACUUCUAGGUCCUACAGCCCUUUGGCCUCAGGUGCAGUUUCAUCAAAUUCAUCCCCAAACAGUCGAGAACCGUCUCCCAACAGUCUAUCUGCAGUCUCAAUUGCUUUGGCCUCUCAGGUCAACCCAGCGUCCUACAGCGCACCGGGUUCCUGGUACCGCACUUGGAAUCCUGCCACUUAUCAUCACUGAGAAAACUGUAUCAUGUGAAACUUUUGAAGAUUGUUUAAGAAGAAUGAAGAUUGGUUAACACACUCUCCCUGUUUUGAGCAGGGUUACAACUAUAUGCUAUACCAACAAAACAGACACAUAACACAAACCAGGACCAUAAGCAGAGGACUUCAACACACAGAUUUCCUGCCAGUUCAUCAUUCAUGGAAGAUCCAAGAAGCCUGGAGCUAUUCGAUUAGUACUGAUGGGACUCUUUAUUCGAUUGAAAAAUGAAGGAUGAAGAAAAAUAAUCAUCAAAAGCACCAGUGGGAAGUCUCAGGUUUGAGUUCUCAUGCUCAAGACCCAAUUAAUUUAUUUAAAUUUUGAAGGAUUCAUGUGUAUAUUCACAAAAAUUGUGUCAAACUGCCUAUUUAGUCGGAUUGUAAAAACCUGGUACAUGCUGUUAACAAUGCUUACUCUGUGUGCUCAUAUUUAACCUAAAUGUUGUUUAUAUAGCUUCAAUUCACAAGGAAAUGAUAUUACAUAAUAGAUACUACAGUCCAAUUAGAGGGACUUGGGUUUCCCACUGCAUGUUUAUAAUUACUUUAAAAAAUGUAGUAUUAAAUAUUUAGUGUACAUGCACCCCCAGUAAUGUUUGGAUAAAUGUCCCUUACCCCGUUGCAAGGUUCUGGCCUAAUUCUAGUUUUAUAUUUGACCCUCUUAUUUUCAGAAUUAUAAGAGCCCAUUUAAACUGGUUCAUUUCCUGGCACAGAGAACACUUUGAAGCAUAUUCCAUACAUUUUCAAGGUUUGGAGUCAUUGUCCUUCCAGUAGUUUAGAAUAGAUCCGUAAUUAUCCCACAGUAGGAAAAUUCAGGUGUGCCAGCAGCAAAGUGAAAUGCAAAUCGAAGCAUGAUGAUUCACACAAACGUAAAAAUCUAAAAAAAACUAAAAAAUAAGAAUAAGAGACUGUAGAGUAAAGGCAAAUUUGGAGCAUAAGAAAAAUGAUUUAGUUAUAAAAAGAGCACUCUCAGAUUACAAGAAAUGUACAACCAAGUAGUUUAGUUUUAAAAAUGUACAAAACGUGCAUAAUAAACAACAAUAGACUAUUUACAAGAAAUGGACAAACUGUGCAGAUAACAGCAGGGAUCUUAAUACUAGUUUGUUGGGAGCAGUGAUGGUUAUUAAGUCUAAGAGCUGCAGGGAGGGAGGAUCUGUGAUAACGUUAUUUUGUGCACCUAGGAUGCAGCUGUCUAUCACUGAAGGAGCUCUCCAAUUCUGCAACAGCGUGGAGUCGAAGACAUUGUCCAACAGUGAUGUUAUUUUUGCUUGAGUCCUUCUGUCUCCCAUUAUCUGCAAUGGGUUGAGGGUGCAUCCUAGGACAGAGCUGGUCUUCUUAAUGAGUUCAUCUAGCCACUUCCAUACAGCUGUCUAGAUAAGCUGCUGGUCCAACAAACUACACCAUAGAAGAUGGCUAAUUCCACCACAGAGUCAAAAACUCUUCAGGAACACCCCCCUAUGCUCCAAAAGAUCUCAGCCUGAUUACCAGGCGGAGUCUCCUCUGACUCUUCCUUUAAAGAGUGUCAGUGUUGUGACUCAAGUUAAUGUUAGCCUGCAUUGUCCAGUCCAAAACCAGUUCUGAUGUGCAAGUUUUAGCUGUCUGACCCAAAUCAUUAACUCAGAAAAAAAUUAAUUGGUUAGAACAUUAAAGAACAACCCAAAACCUGUAAAGAUCAAGGCUGCCAAGAACUGGAAACUGCUGGAACUCCAGUAUCACUAACCUCUGACCAAGAAAAUAAAAUCCUGCUCCAAAAUCAACAUAUGAAAUGUAAACCACCCACAAAGAUGUUAUGGUCCAUCACGAAAAAAGACUAAGCCAAUUAACCACAGUGACGACAAGCAUGUUUAAAGUUCAGGUGAGGCUUUAAAACCUAAGAACACCGUAUCAGGUGUGAACAUGGUGGUGGCAGUACCAUGCUGUGGGGCUGCAUUACCUCCAAAUCUUUCAACUCCACCUCAAAUCAACAGCAAAGUAGCUGGUAAUGGGACACAGUUGGGUGUUCCAAGGGAACAAUGACCCCAGAAACAGGUUUUGGACUGGAUGAAGGAUUUAAAUAAGCCAUCAAUAAAAAGAGUGGUCAAAUAUCCAGACAGAAUAAUACCAGAAACUUAUUAGUUGGGGUUUAUAUAUAUGAGAUUGUAUGUAUACUCUAACUUUGAUCUUGUAUGGAUUACAGAAAAUGUACAGUAAGCUCCUUGUGCACCCACUUAUUGUAAUCGUUUGUUGACAAAAAAAAUCUUCUAAAUCAGCCAAAAAAAGCUGAAAAUUAUAACUGUAUAACCGUAAUAUUUGGCAGAUAACAUCAACUAGCCCUGACAUAAGGGUGCAAUCAUAUUUUUACAAGUAAGAGCAACGUGUUUCACAGAGUUAAGCUAAUUAAAAGUUACUACCACUGUUCCAGAUAUCUAUUUUUUGGGGUAGAAACGAUUCAAAGUUCUUCACAAACCUUCCAUUUCGACUGUCCCACUGUACAGCAUCCUGAAGCAAUCCUUUAUUUUUCAGAAAAUGUAAUAUAAUGUCUCCUGUAUGUUUUACUCACUGCUUUAACGGUUGAACUUUAAGUGUUUUUACUUUUGACAAACCUAGAAGCCAUGCAGGUAAAAUGGAAACCGGCAAAGUUCAUGUAGUUCUUUUCUCAAAUAGGACUAAUAUAUUUUGGGUCUAUUUGGUAUUAGUUAGUAAUGGUUUCUGUAUAACAAUUGAUCUUUUGGCUUGUAGAAAAAUACCCUCCCAUUUUUAAACUGGACGAGAACUUAUGAGCAAGUGCUGCCCUCUGCUGGACGAAAAUGAGGCUUCUGGCUACUUUAUUUUCCACCGUAUAUUAUUUUUCUGGGUAAUUCCCAAAAAAACCUCCAGUCAGAUUUCAUCUGAAGGUCUGACAUUUUUUUUACUCUGUUUGAUGACUCUUGAUUUUAAUUUGUUUUUCAUUGUUAAUUGUAUGUUUUAUUUAACUGUAUGGAAAUGUUUCUGUGGUUUGGAAAUCUUGAAAACCAACCCGUUUAUGUUCUGUAUCGUUACAGUAGGUUCUUUCUGACGAGGCUACAAAUAAAGAGGUGUUUUCACUCAAAUGUA